CGGCGGGAGGUAGCUCUACCAUAUAAUAGUAGAUUCGUCUCAAUCGUAUCAUAUCUCCUUUUCUCUUACAAAUAUCAAGACCCUCGCCUGGCAUCUUGAUAGGAGAAAAGUGGCCCAUUUCUUCUUCAAUCAAAGGAAGAAAUGGCGGGCGACCCGGUUAACAUCAGCGAGUUCCAAGAACUGGCCCGGCAAGCUCUGCCAAAGAUGAACUACGACUACUUCAGCGGAGGAGCUGAGGAUGAGCACACCUUGAGGGAGAACGUCGAAGCAUUUCGAAGAAUCACGUUUCAGCCAAGAAUUCUUAUAGAUGUGAGCAAUGUAGAUGUGUCGUCGUCGAUAUUGGGGUACAAUGUUUCAGCCCCGAUCAUGGUCGCUCCGACUGGAAUGCAUAAACUGGCCCACCCCGAAGGAGAGGUCGCCACUGCCAGAGCUGCUGCAGCAUGUAAUACAAUCAUGGUGCUAUCAUUUUCAUCUAAUUCCACCAUUGAGGAGGUUGCUUCCAGCUGCAAUGCAAUCCGUUUCUAUCAAUUAUAUGUAUACCAAAGACGAGAUGUUUCAGAGAAGUUAGUACGGAGAGCCGAGCGGAACGGAUUCAAGGCUAUCGUUCUCACCGCCGACACUCCAAAGCUUGGUAGGAGGGAAAGGGACAUAAGGAAUAAAAUGGUUGUGCCUAUGUUGAAGAAUCUCGAAGGUCUCUUGUCAGUGGAAGUUAAUUCUGAAGGAGGCUCAAAGCUCGAAGCCUAUGCAUCACAGACCAUGGAUCCUUCUUUGAGUUGGAAGGACAUUGGAUGGUUGAAAUCUAUAACAAGCCUGCCGAUUCUGAUCAAGGGCGUGCUCACUGCAGAAGAUGCUAGAAUGGCAGUCGACGCUGGUGUAGCAGGGGUGAUUGUAUCAAACCAUGGUGCUCGCCAACUUGAUUAUGCGCCAGCUUCAAUAACUGUUCUUGAGGAGGUGGUUAAAGCUGUAGAUGGAAGAGUUCCCGUUCUCCUUGAUGGAGGAGUCCGGUGCGGAACAGAUGUUUUCAAGGCCUUGGCUCUUGGAGUCCAAGCUGUUAUGGUUGGGCGGCCAGUGAUCUACGGCCUGGCAGCAAAGGGAGAAUAUGGCGUGAAGCAGUUCUUAGAAAUGUUGAGGGAUGAGCUUGUGCUGACCAUGGCACUUUAUGGAUGGUGCUGUGUGAAGGAUAUUACUAGGAGCUAUGUACCAACAGAAGGCGACCGGUUCAGAUCCUUGCUUUGAUGUUGUGGAUGAAGAAAUCAGAUGAUAAAUAAUAAAAAGAUGUGGGUCACUCAAUUCCUUGAAUUAAAAUUGGAACCGUUGGGUAUGUGACCGGUGCGGCCCACCUAAGUUGUAUGAUGGGUCCCAGUUUUCGAACUGAAUCUCAUUGAGUUCAUGUGAGCAUAAUUCUUAUUUAGGACUCAAAACUACUUAGAAUUGUAAUGCUAAGCUUGCAUUGUGUGUAGAUAUAUCAGUAGAAUUGUAAUAGAACAGGACUGGGUUUUUGUGAGGUUUGGAUUGAGCUGAGCGGGUGGGCCGCUGAUCAUUGUAACCGUUGUGUAAUCUCAUACGCUAAAAUUGAGAAACCUGAUUGUUAUUGGGUGGUUUGCGUAUCCA